GGGUGGGGGCGGGAGGCCUCACGGUAACGCCACGGCUCUCUCCGCCGCUCAGGAUGCGCUACGUUGCCUCCUACCUGCUGGCCGCCCUCGGGGGCAAUUCCUCCCCCAGCGCCAAGGACAUCAAGAAGAUCCUGGACAGUGUGGGCAUCGAGGCGGACGACGACCGGCUCAACAAGGUGAUCAGUGAGCUGAACGGGAAGAACAUCGAAGAUGUCAUCGCCCAGGGUAUUGGCAAGCUGGCCAGCGUUCCCGCCGGAGGGGCUGUGGCCGUCUCCGCCGCCCCCGGGUCUGCAGCUCCUGCUGCUGGUUCUGCCCCAGCUGCAGCUGAGGAGAAGAAAGAUGAGAAGAAGGAGGAAUCCGAGGAGUCGGAUGACGACAUGGGAUUUGGCUUGUUUGAUUAGAGUCUCGUUCCCCUGCAAAUAAAAUCCUUUUUACAUACAC